CUCAUCAAAUUUUCCUCCAAGCCAAAAACACCCUUGCUAUACCACCUCCAUCAUCACCAUGCAAGGAGAGAGGGACCCUUUCCCUUUCAAGUGCACAAAGUGUAACAAAACUUUCCCCUCUGGCUAUGCCCUCAGUGGCCACCAAAACGCUCAUUAUCGAAAUGGUGUUCCUCAUCUUUUUCUACCACCAACUCCACCACCCCAAAUUCAUAAUCAUUUCCUUUCUGCAAGAGAUGAAGUUAAUCAAUUGCCCUUGACACUCUCAAUCGGGAGUACUUCCAGAGUCCCUGAUUAUAACAACCAUGUUUUAAUUAGGGAGGAGAUCCUUUGGAGGCAACGUAGGAUAUCUCGUUACCAUCCUUACCAGAAGCCAGAUGAUAAGGGCAAGGAGCCUUUGUUGCAUGUUGAAACUGUUGUUGAUAAUUUUAAGGAGAUUGUGACACUUGAUUUACUGAGAGAAUGGCACCCAAAAAGAGGUCUUGGGGAAGGUAGCUAUGAAUGGGCGAUGACUUCCUCUUCCAAUCAAGCAUCGCAAGCUUCAACUGGUCAGAAUGGUGAAGAGAAGUUGGAUUUGGAGUUGAAACUAGGGUUUUGAUAAUUUGGUGUCUCUCUUUUUUUUUUUUUUUAUAUGCCUGUUUGUUAAACUUUGUCAUUGUUAUUCAUGCAUGGUUGUGAUUUUCAGUUUUAAUUUGCUUGUUGUGGAUUGUAAACUUUGUUGAGUUUGCAUUUCCCUUUUUCUGUCAAAAUGUAAGUGUCUUCUUUUUCAUAAAUAAUAAUGGUUUUGUUUAAUUUAUCAUUCUAAAUUGUUCUUGAUUUCUCCCUCUUGAUCUUCCUUUCCUUUUGCUUAUAAUUAUAAUACCAAUUAAAUGAUGUUAUAUAAU